AUGUUUGAUGGGGUAUUUGUGCGGGAAGAGAAACUCCAAAUAAACGUCUUGAAUUUUUGUUUUUCAGUGGCCCGACUAAAAUGUAUACAAUUUACUGUACCAUCUGACGAGCCUCUUGGUAUACACACCUUAAAUGUUGUUGGUGAUAAUCAAGGAUCUGUUGUAUUUGAUCGAGACCUCUCUUUCAAUGUUGUUGACUCCUCGUCCACAUUCGUCCAAACUGAUAAACCUGCAUAUAAACCAGGUCAAACAGUCCAAUUCCGUCUUCUAACAGUUGAUGUAGAUCUCAAUCCAAGCACCUCCAUUUUUUCUAAGAUUUAUAUUAAAGAUCCAGAUAAUGUUAUAAUGAAACAAUGGUUGAAUGAGUCAUCACCUUCAGGUCUCAUCAGUUUGGAGUUCGGUAUAUCCAAAGAACCAGUUUUGGGAAUGUGGUCAAUUGAGUCAGAGUUAGAAGGCCAAAUCAAGAAAACUCCAUUUGAAAUCAAAGAAUAUGUUUUACCAAAAUUCGAAGUUACACUUUCUGUUCCAAACUACAUCACAAUAGAAUCAGAAACAAUUAAUGGCGAGGUCUGUGCCAUAUAUACUUAUGGACAACCCGUUAAAGGAAGAUUAAAAGUCUCAAUUUGUCUAAAGGGAAGCGAAGACAGUCGGUUUAGCCAACCUAGACCAUGUUUAUACUUCCAGGGGGAGAUUGAAGGAUGUCACAAGUUUUCUCUGAAUACAAGUCAUUUAGAAUUGAAGAAUGAGAAAUUUACAAUACAAAAUCAAGUUUUAAAUACAACAGCUUCAGUUUUAGACAAUGCAACAGGUAUUUUAAUACACGAAACAUCCAGUAAAACAUCACUGAGCAUGAUGGAUCUCUUUUUGGACAUGAAGACAUACAGUGAACCGUUCUAUAAACCAGGACUUCCUUAUUUGGUCAAGGUACGAGCAACCAAUCUAAAAGGACUACCAGUAAGUGGUGCCAAAUUGGGUCUCAGAGCUGAGGAAUUAUCUCUUACCAGAGAGAUAGUGACCAAUGAACAAGGAUAUGGAAUGUAUCUAUUUCCAGCAAUGACGUCCAAUCAGACAAUCAUUGUUUUUAAGAUUGUGAGUCUGGAUGCAAAAUAUCGAGAAGAAAUCAACGAGGAACACACCUUAUCUAUGCCCGGUGCAUCUAUAGUAGUAGAACCAUGGUAUUCUCCAACUAGAAGCUUCCUCAAAAUAACUCCAAUGACUGAUAAGGCUGCAUGUCUCUCCACCAUUUCACUAGAAGUAUCUGUUACUCAAGCCCCAGAAAAACAAUUCCGUUUGUACCUUAUGAUGGUAUCCCGAGGUAAAAUCGUAAUGACAAGAGAAAAGUCAGUAGCUAAACGUGAUCGAGUUGAAGAUGGCUGCCAGGAUGGUUUUCAACUUCACGACUGUAUAUAUAGAAAACAGGCUGUAGCUAGACGGUUUGGUGAUGUUCGUGUAGAGAUGUUCCUGAUAGAUGUCAACAUAACAGAAGCAAUGUGGCCUGGGUUACAGGUUAUACUGUAUUAUGUUAAAGAUUUUGGUGAAGUGGUGUCCGAUUACGUUGAUAUUAAGAUUUCACCAUGUGAAAGAAAUCUGGUAGAGAUGGAAUUUGGUACAGAAGAAGAAUAUCCUGGUUAUGAAACGUCUUUGACUUUACAAGCUGCACCAGGCUCUAUUUGUGGUCUAGCUGUUAUUGAUAAAAGUAUAACAUUAUUGGGGAAUACUAAUGAUAUUACCCAAUCACAGCUGCUAAAAUCAUCUGAGAUAUUCAAUGUGGACCUACACGAUCCACCAGAUCCGGUUUAUUCACACGAUAAAGUACAUUGUAAAAAAUGGUUGGAAACCCAUGAACCACCUCGGCGCCUAAUAACAUCUUGGAAUGAUAAAACUGAUCCCAACAUAAUCAAACGUGAUAACAUUGAGAAGGUGUCGAUUAUAGCUUCUGGAUUUUAUCCCGAUGAUGAAGAUAGUUUCUACUACAGAGUUGAACAUGCUGACUCCAUCCUUGCUUUUAAGGCAGCAGGAUUGGUAGUGGUAACAGAUUUGGAACUAGAAACAAGACCAUGUGAAGAAGUAUGGAAGAAACCAUAUCUACAGAACGAUGAGUUUUCGGGAGCUGAUGAAGAAUAUGAAAUUCCAAAACUAUCAACUACUAAAAAAGAAAAGAAAAAACAGAUAGCUGUACGUGACUAUUUUCCGGAAACGUGGUUAUGGGAUAUUGAGAUCGUGGGUGAGAGCGGAGAACUGGUAUUAAAGAAAAAACUACCACACACGAUCACCAAAUGGAUUGGUUCAGCAAUAUGCUCAAGUAAAGACAAUGGUAUUGGAAUUUCCAAUGAAGCAACUAUAACCACUUUUCAACCAUUCUUUACAUCUUUCAAUCUACCGUAUUCCGCUAUCCGUGGGGAGUUUAUACCAAUUAAAGUGACAACUUUCAACUAUUUAUCAGAAUGCGUCCAGAUUAGACUGGAACUGAAAGAAUCAGAGUUUAUAGAUAUAGACCCUGAUGUCGGUGCCGUUACCUGGUUGUGUAUCUGCUCUAGCGAAGCAAAGUCCCAUGACUUCAUUGUAGUUGCUAAGAAAAUCGGUUCAAUCAAUUUAACAAUUGUCGCUGAAGCUGUAAAUGGGGAUGAGAAAUGUUCCGGUAUUGAAAUUAGUGAAGAUGCUGUAGGUGUACAAGAUACUGUCAUCAGAACUCUGCUUGUAGAGCCAGAGGGAACAGAAAAGGAGUAUACUUACAGCAGCCUGGUUUGUCCGGAAGAAUCUCCAAAUGGCCAAUACAGAUCUCUUGUGGAUAUGCCAAUACCUAAAGAUCACGUACGUGACUCGGCAAGGGGUUUUGUAUCAUUAAUAGGUGAUUUGAUGGGCCCCAGUUUAAAUAGUGCUACAGAUCUGUUGAAAAAACCAUAUGGUUGUGGGGAGCAGAAUAUGAUCAAUUUUGCUCCCAAUGUCUUCAUUAUGACAUACACUAAAGCAUCUGGACAAAUGGAUUCUUUAGAUAAAAGAGCUAUGGAGAGGUUCAUCGUUGACGGGUAUCAAAGAGAAUUAAGAUAUAGGCAUGGAGAUGGAUCGUACAGUGCUUUUGGUGAGAGUGACGACAGUGGAAGUACGUGGCUAACAGCAUUUGUAGCUAAAUGUUUCCACAAAGCAGCAGAUUUUGUGUAUAUCGACAAAGCUAUUACCGAUUCUGCUUUUAGAUGGCUCCGUAAUCACAGAGUAAUUGAUGGCUGUAUCACCUCACGGGGAAGAGUGCUACACACUGAAAUGAAGGGAGGGAUAGCAGGAAGUGAUGGUCUGCUUAGCGCCUAUGUCUAUACCGCCAUGUUGGAGUCGAGUGUGCUACCUACGGACGGUUUCAUCUUAAGAGGAGCAACGUGUUUUAAGAAUCGCCCACCCAACAGCUCAUAUGCCUUGGCUAUGUACACCUACUUUGCUGCUCUUUACAAACCUGGUUUUACUUGGCACAAAGAGCUCGUUAAGAAACUAGAAGCAGCUGCAAUAAAACGAGAUAAUAUGAUGUACUGGACAAAGGAUUCGGUCACUGAUGAAAAUAACCUUAAAACGACGAUACCUUACAGAAGACCAAACGCUCAAGACAUCGAGACUACUGCGUAUGCUCUUCUCGCUUAUCAAGCAGACCCAGUACCAAAGUACACGAAAAUGAUUAAAAUCGUUCGUUGGUUGACUGAGCAACAAAAUUCUAAUGGUGGAUUUAUUUCUACACAGGACACGAUAGUAGCGCUUCAAGCAUUAUCAGGGUAUGCUGCAUUGAUGUUUAAAGGGUCACCAUCACAGAACGUGUUCAUCGAUACCUUCGAUUAUGCCAAAACCUUUGACAUAAACCAAACAAAUGCUUUAGUUCAGCUCACUACUCCAAUUAUUGCCUUUCCAACGUCCAUAACAGUGAUGGCAAAAGGAAAAGGUUGCAGUGUAUUGCAGGCUACAGUAAGAUAUAAUAUGAUUGAAGAAAGAGAACCUGUAGAGCCUUUUUAUCUAAAUGUUGAAGUCCAAUCCCCCAUUUUCAAACCAAACGUUUGUAAGAGGAGAGGACUUAAGAUAUGUUCCAGUUACCUCGGUGAACGGAAUGCAUCAAAUAUGGCGGUAAUAGUAGUCAAGAUGCCUACUGGCUGGACAGCUGAUAUGUAUACAGUUAAUAAAGUAUGUACAGUUUUUCAGUGUUGCAUGGAUGCCUCUUCACUGUGGCAUUUAAGAUUAGAUUACAGUGAGCAUUUUGAUGGCAAUCCUUUUCCAUUACAGCUUCAACAGUCUACUGUUCUGUUCCUCAAGAGAUUUGAAAUUGAUGAUAACAGACCAGAUGUCCUGAACUUCUACUUUGACGAGAUUAACCAUGAUAAGGUUUGUUUUGAGUUUGAUAUGGUACAAGAACUGGAAGUGAAAAAUCUGAAACCAGCCUAUGUUUCUGUUUACGAUUACUACGAACCAGAUUUGAUAGUUCAAGAUUUCUAUGAGUUUGGUCCGGAUUGUAACGCAACUACUCGAAAGCAACCACCCAAAGCUACUAAAGACCAGCCAGUAGAUAAUCGCUCUCCAGAGGAAAUAGAGUUCGAAACUAUACCGAAGAAUAUGUUAUAUGUGAGAAAUCUUAUAGAUAAUAGUUUGCUACCGUUGUCGACCACAUUAUCACCGGAAGUUACCACAGCAGCACCAGUCAAGGGAAAGUGUCCAGUAUGUAAAGAUCUAUCGCUGAAAGAAUUGAUCUCUAGAAUAUGCAAAUCGGCUGUAGCAUAUUCAUCUAUGGUAUUAAAAGGUAAUAAAUUGAGGUUAAUGAGAGAUUUUAUGCCAAAUAAGAAAACUAUCAUCAAUUUAAGUACGAGAUUUAAGAUACACGCUGGUUGUCAUUGUUAUCUACGAGAUAUCAGAAAGAAGUCGAAAGUGUUGAUAUUAUUGGAGAACGAUCAAAUGGCUGAUAUACAGAAGAAAAAGAUUUUAAAAUUGGACGAUAAAUCCACAGUAAUUGUGUUGAGUAGAACCGUAAAGAAAGCUAUAAUUGCAGCCAAAAGAAGUCGAUACUGCAAAAACCCAAAAGCCGGGGUUAAAAAAUCGAAAGUGACCCAAGAAACCCGUAGUGUUAGUAAAGAAAAGGCCAAAUUGUAGUUCUGUAGAAAUCUUUUCUUUCCUAUAUUUAGUGUGUAUAUUAUAAACUGCAGUUUUUCAAUGUUUAACACUUUCAAAUAAUAUUUUGUAAUUUAAAACAUAAAAUUAUUUCUGAGCAUGUUUGAAUAAACAAAUGAG